AAUCUUGUAAAUGUGUUUUGCCAUUCACUGUCUGCGUCUCCAUGCCGUCGCCAUUGUCGUGACGUCACAUUGAAGUCGGUCGGAGAACUUUUUUUUUUUUUUGCCUCUUCCUUACUUCGUCGGACUUCGCAACUGGGACCUCCCAGUUCAAAGGGCGUUCUAAGUGACCUUUCCUAGUCGGAAAUCGGUUGUCGGACUUCCCACGUUCAUGGAAUGCAUCACAAGCAUAUCGUCCAUGUGGGCGGAAACGGAAAUGUCAGUUUCAGGAAAAACAAGGACUUCAUUCCUUGGAAUCCUGAGAAUAGUUUGUGAAAAUGAGCCGAAUCUACCAUAACAUAUCUUUAAAAAACAAACCAGUACACAAUGAGAAAUAUGACCGUGUGUGGUCACCCGGAUCUCAUGAAAGUGGUCCUGGAGUAAUUCUUGAAGGAACGCUUGUUGAUGUUUCAAGACAUGCACUGACUGACGUCAACAAUCAGAAGGUUCGUUACCAUGUGCUCUAUAUAAAACCUCGACGCAUCCAUCGCAGGAAGUUUGACCCUAGUGGGAAGGAGAUAGAACCAAACUUCAGUGACACCAGAAAGGUCAACACGGGCUUCCUCAUGUCCUCCUACAAGGUGGAAGCUAAAGGGGAGUCAGACAUCCUGUCAGAGGAGCAGCUGUCAGCACUGAUACGUAAAGCCGAGCUGGUGAAGGUAACUGACAAGCACAGACCUGACGGCACAUGGGCCUUCUGGUACCCUGAAUGCGAAAUGGAGAAAACGGAGCUCGAGACUGAAACAGACAUUCGACUGAAGACUAGAGGAAACAGCCCUUUUAUAUUCUCCUUGGCUAAAGUAGAUGGUGGCACCGUGUCCAAGUGUAAUUUUGCUGGAGACGAGAAUACUGGAGCAUCGUGGACAGACAAGAUUAUGGCCAACAAAACUGGAGGAGCUGACACUCACAAGCCUGGAGAUGAAGGAGAAGGACCGCAGGACGAUGAAUGGGAUGACUAAAGAGAAAACGUCAUCAUCCUGGAGCUUUUGGCCCAUCUCCAGCUUCAACUUCAGCCUGAUGUCUUGGAUCAAAUUGCUUUGGUAUAUAAGACACCAAACUUAUUGCACAUGUGGCCUUGGUUUGAAUCAUUCCCAUGAGUAAAACUGACGAAGAUAUGCUCCAGUUUUGAUUUGGUCACCUACACAAGCUCUGUUAUUGGACUUGCUCUGCUUCUUUUAUGUAUAUUUGCACUUGUCCUUUUGCAUCAGAGAGAAAGCUCAAACCCAACAUACUACACCAGAUUGAAUUCCUUGCAAAAGAAGAUGUGGAGAGUUAUAAUGCAACAAUGUAAAAAAUAUGACCAAAGAA